AUGGCCACCAACGUGCAUCUGCAGGUCCUCCUUGGAGCUGGCCUUGCCUUUCUCUGCUUCUGCCUGAUUGUUGGCUGCGCCAUCUGUUGGCGGAAAGGAAAACAGCGGAGUUAUGCCAGCAGCAAAGACCAGGCAUCAGAGCGCAUCAUUAUGGACCCCAGUUCGUCCCUGCCAGGGAACACCAGCACGCCCAUCAAGCAGCAGUACGAGGAGGUGCACGGCUUGGUCUUGGACUACCCAACCUGUGAUGUGUGCGCUCUGCCAGACUUCGAACCUGACUCCCACCACAAGCUUGGUCCCCAUGGCAGAGCAUCCCUGCCGUUCAUUCCCACUGUCCAGAAAGCCAGCCUGGCCAGCAAAACCAGGAGAAUCCUGGAGCGGCGCUGUACCGUCUCGGGUGACUGCUCAGUCUACACUGAACAAGGCGCCUUUCAAAGUCCGGCCUCCAAAUCCUUAGGCCCUGAGCCUGCCCUGUCCCAGACCGUGCCUGACGACCUCGUGGGUGCCAAGUCGAAGCAGAGACCAGUGCUGCACUUCAUGCUGUUCUACUCGGCUUAUGAGGUCACCUUAACGGUAGCCGUCCUGAGCGUCUCCAACCUGCCCAAGAAAUUUGGCGCCAGCUGUGGCUCAUAUGUGAGGGUCUACCUGCUCCCCAGGUUUACAGAGCCACAGCAGACCACUGUCCGCAGAAAGAGCCUGAAUCCGGAGUUCAGAGAGAGCUUCCAAUUCUCGGGAUACACGUUAGAGGAGAUAAGGUGCUUCACAAUUCGCUUUGCCGCCUACGUCAAGGAGUUCCACAAUUUUAAAGACACUUUUGUUGGGGAGGUCCUCUUUGCCUGUGAGCAGGGAGACUGGAAGCUAGACGUUCCCUUGACCUACACAAGGGAACUCACCACAACUAAGACAAAGCUCAAAAAGUGUCUCAGCUCCCAAGACGUGGUGGGUCCUACAAUCAGCACAGCCCAGCCUAAGUUGUUGGGCCAGCUCUUCAUCCUGCUCCAAUAUCAGACCUUGGCUAACCGAAUCAAGGUCAUGGUUCGAAAGGCCGAGACUCUGGGCAAGCUGACCCGCAUGCCAGGCUCACCAGGUGUUGACUCCUCACUCAGGGACAAUCGCAAGGUCCUCUGGUACCUCAUCAGAGCGACCAGUACUCAAGCAAACAAUCAUUAUGUCAUCAUAAACCUGCACCAAGGUGGUAAAGUUCUCUCAACCAAGGAAACCAAAACUUCAAGUGGCUACAACCCGGUGUGGAAUGCACCAUUUCUGUUUGAUGUUCCUCCGGGAAACAUUGAGAGUCUGCAGCUCUCUCUGGAGUUUAUAGUCAUGCAGGGUCGUAUUUAUACCCGAAGUGGUGCCCUUGGCCGUGUGGUCAUUGGUGCAAAUGCUUCAGAGACGGGACAGGCACAUUGGAAGGAGAUGUCCAGUCGGGGGCAUGUGGAAUCUGCCAGGUGGCACACCAUCCAGCCAGACACUUUCUAG